AUGGGGUUCCUUAUUUCUUCGGGGUCCCAUUUCUCAUCUGGGGGCCCUUCUGGCUGGGAUGGGGUUUGGAUGAUAGCGCCCUUCCGCUCUAUCCCUCUGUCCCUCCAUUUCAUUCCUAUCCCGGCCGAAUCCAUACCGCAAGUCCCAUUCUCGUUUUUCUCCAAUUCCCAAUUUUCCUCUACUUCUUCUUCCGGGUCCCGUGCCCGAACCUGCUCCUUCCUUUUCAUUAUCUUGUUCUGUUGUGUCGCCCCUAAACGAGGGCAGUCACAUGCCUCCCAUCAGUCUGCGGAACCCCAUUGUAAUUUCGGGAACUCCCGCUUCUCCCUGGUCGUCUGUGAUAUCCGAACCUGCUACACUCAUUCUAACGCCCGAUCACUAUUACCUUCCCCCUAUUCAACAAGAGACAACAGAAAAGGAAAACUCGCCUCACACACUAUCGACACUUCAACAGCAUGCAAUGUUGAAGAAAUCGAACACAACAACUAUACUCUGGCAGACUUGCGUGCGACAAGCGAACCGAGGGCCAAAAAGGUGACUUACCAUUCUCUGCUCUUCGUUUUCUUGUUCUCUCUUCUUCCGCUCCCUCUCUCUCUCUCUCUUUUUUUUCUUUUCUUUUCCCGAGCAUUACCGACCGAUACACUGUUGAUUACUAAAUCCACCUCGUCUCUCUCUCUCUCUCUCUCUCUCUCUAUGUCACAUAUUUCACCUUCAUGA